AUGGGCUGCACACCCUCUCACAGUGAGGUUGCUGAUACUAUUGCAAGAAGUAGUCUUAAGGCUUUGAAUAAACCCAAAAGUAUUUUGCAUAUUGCUCCAGGAGAUAAAGGAAUCCCACUACUUGUUAAAGGUUCAUCUUGCUACAGCAUUGAUGAAUUCCACCAGUGUGGGAGCCAGAGGAAAGACUGCCUGAGAGAAAAGGACAAUAAACUAUCAGAGCAGGAUGAAAAUGAUAAUUUGCAGUUAUCUUCCAAGGCUCAUUCAGAUCCCCAGAUUUCCAGGGAAGACAAGAAAGUUGAGAGGACAGCCACAGAUGCUGAAGUUGUUCUGUCCGAAUUGAUUGAGUCUCAGAAGCAUAUCACUGAGGCCAUACAGAUCAGAAAGCAAAGCUCCUGUGGAUCAGAAGCAUCAGCUUUCAUUUGGGAUGACAAGAAUGAAAGCAAUUCAAAGCAAAUCCUAAAGAGAGGAAAGAAGCAAAAAAAUCAUAAGGUGGCAAAGCAAGGUCGACCUAGCAAAAUUAAAGAAAAGUCCGUUUUGCCCCCGAGGGAGACAGAGAAAAAGGUAGAUUUCCCUGAACUGCUUGUUAAGGCUCAUCAGAGUACAUAUGCCUACUUAAAUCCCAACCUCUGCAAGUAUGAAACUAUACUUCACUUGGCCAACCAGGCUACCCAAACUCGGCUCUUCUUACAGCAGAUGGUAAGUUUUCUUGUGCUUCGCUUUGAUGAAAUCAACCAGCUCUUGGAAGAAAUUGCCAAUGAUGGGGAAAAUCUUCUCAAAGACGUAGGUGAGAAUCUGGCAUGGCCAGCAGAAAAAGGUGAUUUGAAGGAGCACCCUGAUCUUCUGCAGCAACUACUGCAGUAUACGGUCAAUAAAAUGCAGUUAGUGAGUGGGACUCUGGCCUCCCUCACCUCCGGCACCCUGCAGGAGACAUGCAUCUACCUGAAGUCUGCUGCAAGCAACCUGGAAGGAAAGCUGCAAGCGAAGCAGAACUUUGAUGAGCGCCUGCUACGGACAGUAAAGCUGCUUGAAGCCUCAACAGUGGGACCCUCUCAGUCCCCCGGUGAUGACAGGACCCUCUGUUCUGAGGACAGUGGCAUUGGUGUGGACAGUGAAUCCCUCAAAGAGUUCAGUGUUCUCAGCCAGCAUGGAGGACAAGCAAGCUGUGAUUCCUGCGCACAUGGACAUCUGUGCCAAAAACACAUGCGUGAUGGGACAGUGUCACCGGGCAGAGCCUCGUUCCAUGACUGUGCACUUGAAAGGCAUUUUAAAGAGAUAUUUUAUUCAUCCUUGCAGAGCAGGGAGGCAAAUUCUUGUCAGAGUGGAGUACCAGAAGGCAUUUCUACCAUGCCCCAGCAUGCAAGCUUGAGCAAAAGCUGUUCCUAUAAUUCCUUCCAGUCUGACUCUACUCAGGAAGGUGAACAUUUCAAAAUCUGUGAAUCAACAGACUUUCCUUCAGAUGACGACGACGACGACGACGAUGACGAUGAUGACGAUGAUGAUGAUGAUGGGAGCACCCUGGGGGAGGAUGAUGACAACACAAGUUUAUCAGAAAUGGGGAAGGAUGCUCUGCUGAGGAGGGCCCUGUCUUCACCUGCAGUCACUGAUAACACACAGAGGCAGUCCAUCAAGAGGACGGAGAAUGCAGAGACAGAGGAAAUUAUUCUGAAGAUGAAAGAUGCCAUCAGUGAAAAAAUCAAGUUUGUCCCAGCUACUUUUGGGCAUAAAGAAUGGACAGAGGAUGAGAGCGGAAGAGCAGUCCUAACAAGGCCCAGUACAGCAACGGGCAGCCAGAAAACCUUCAGGAAACAACAACGGUCCAGGUCAGAAGAGUCCCUUAGAAGCCAGGCAGAGGACCCAACCCUCCUAGAGCUUCAGAGAACUCAAAAAGAGCUCAGCAAAAGACUGGAAGUGUUUUAUCGAAAGAAGGAUACAGGUAACAACCUGGAACCUUGGAAAUCAAGAACAGCGCUUUAUUUUCAGGAUGAGCAAAUCACAUCUAGGUCCUCUAGCAAACUGAAGACGUGCCUCUCAAAAAAUUUCAUCAUCCUGCCUAACCAGGAUAAAGUCCCUUUGUUCAUGGCUGAUCAAAAUCCUACCCUUCAGCUGGAUGAAAAAAGAGGCAGGAAGCCUUUAAGAGCUAUUGUGCCAACCCAGGAGACAUCAGGAGGCAAAGAAAUGGAGCCUUCUGGAGCACAAAUGCUCAGUGGCAGCUGUGCCCCCCGACAGUCUGUCAAAAAGCUUAUUGAAACAUUCAGUCCUGCUGACAAUCUUGUAAAAGCCACUCCUCUGAGAUCUUUAGGACCAAUAAAGGGCAUCAGAAAAUUUGGACUUCCAGUCAUCCCACCCACCAUUCCCAUUCAGAGAGGCCUGGGACCUUUAAAUUUUAAGCAUCGUAUUUCACCGCUAGAAGACACAAACCCUUCAGACACCAAUGGAGUUUCUUCUAGUCCUCCAAAUGCCUUUCCUCCUGCACCAGCUGCAGAAUUAAGCAGUAAGGACACAAAAGAAGAGACUGAGGAAGACUUUGAGAACCUGCCACCACCACCACCUGAAAUGUUAAUGGACACUUCCUUUGACUUUUCUGAGUCUGAAGAAACUGCAAGAAUAGAAGAAAACUCUUCAGAACGUGCCAAAAAGCACACCAAAACAGAAUUUCAUGCUACUAAGAGAUCACAGGUUUCCCCAAGAAUGAAAGCCUCCCUUCAGUCUAUUGAUUUAUUGCCAAGUAAAAACAUCAGUGGCCCCAGUGCAAUUGCUAACAAAGGUCUAAGGAAUACCGGAGCAGGGGAUGAGAAACUGAAGAGGUACUCUCUGGAGCUGAACCCUACCAACGUGCACAUCCCUAGCAAGGAGGAGAUACUGGCAACCCAGAGAAAAGAGGCUGCGGAUUUGUACAAGCAAACCCAUAAAAUUAUUCCUCUUCAAAAUCCCUGUGGGGUUUCAAAACCGCACAGCAAUAGCUCAGAGAGCAAUUCACCUGCAACUUUAGAGGAUUCCAAGAAGCGUGGUUCUCCUGAUUCGCUCAGGAGAAAUGAAAAAGGCUCAGCGUUUGCCAGGAGAGUCUCCCCAACAAGAACUCCUCCUUCUUCCCCAACAACUGAGAAACGGCUUUUCAGCCCCCCAACAUACCACAGACACUCUCUUCAGGCUUUUAGCAACCUGCAACCGAGCUCACCCACCAUGCAGAGAAAACCCAGUCCUCCCUCUAGCCCCAGGGUGCCCAGCCCGCCCUUGCAGAAGAAGCUGCCCUCUCCACCACCCCAGCGAAAACCAUUCAGCCCUCCCGUAGGGCACAAGCAAAGCUCACCAACGCCACACCGACCA